AUGACGAGUGUGGAUCCUCCUGGUCAUGGACAUCACCCCUCAACUCUGCGGAUUGUGCUGCUAGGGGGUAGAGAGUUAGGGAAUAUAGAGGCUAGUGGAAAGACUUCCUCAGCAAACACAAUCCUAGGGAGAGAUGACAGCCCCGUUCGAAAGCGAACCGCAAUAUCAGUUAAGAGUGAGGGGCAUCGAUUUGGGAGACACAUGACUGUGGUUGAUACACCUGGCUGGUGGUGGCAUUAUUCUCUUGAGCACACCCCAAAACGUGACCAAAUGGAGUUGUCAAAUGGAACCGCAUUAUGCCAUCCGGGACCACAUGCCUUUCUCCUUGUCAUUCCAGUAGACAUGAUCUUCCCUUGUGAUUACAGACUUUCUUUGGAAGAGCACAUCAGAGUCCUUGGGGAUAUCUGGAAAUACACACUUGUGUUGUUAACCUCCAAUGGCCCUUCCAACUAUGAUGCUUUCACAAGUCACCUUAAAGAUUGGUCAGGCUUGCAGUGGGUCAUUGGGAAAUGUCAGAAUAGGUACCAUAUCCUUGACAAUAAAAACAGAGAUGAUGAGUAUCAAGUUCUAAGAUUGUUAAACAAAAUAGAUGAGAUGGUUGAAUUAAACCAAGGGCACUGCUUUGAAUCUGUUGAGAAUCCAUUCAUCUGGGAACAGUGGAGGCAGACAGUUAAAGAGGGAGCUGAGAAAAGGAUCAAGAAAGUGAAAUCACGAAUGGCAAGACACCUGGAGUCGCAAAGAAGUGAUUCUACAAACAGAGAUCAGCCUGACUACUUGAAAGAGAGAAGAAUUGUGGUUGUCGGACCACAGUAUGGAACAAGAAGUUCAUCAGGGAAUACCAUCCUAGGAAGAAAAGCAUUUGUUGAAGGGAGUAAGAGAACAGUCCGGAGUUCAAUCCAACAAGGCAUUGUUGCAGGAAGACAUAUCACAGUGGUUGAUACACCUGGAUGGUAUUUCAUCAAUCCUUUAUCUGCUACAACCACAAUGGACAAACUGGAAAUGAAAUGUGGUCUGUCCCUUUGUCCUCCUGGACCACAUGUUAUUCUUCUCACAAUUCCUGUUGCAUCAGCAUAUAACAAGGUUUUCCACCAAGCUUUGAUGGAACACAUGCUGCUCUUAGGCGAGGAUGUGUGGGAUUACACAAUCAUUCUCUUUGGUAGAGGAGAUUGGCUUGGAGAUACCAUAAUCGAAGAACACAUCGAAACUGAAGGGGAAUAUCUCCAGACGCUCAUUGUAAAGUGUGGAAAUAGAUAUCAUGUCUUCAAUAAUAAGAACAGAGAGGAUAAACACCAAGUGGAUGAGCUGUUUGAGAAGAUAGAUGAGCUGGUUGCCAGAAACCAUGGCAGUUGUUAUGAGAUGGAUAGAGAUGAAGUCAGGAUAUUCAAAGGAUCUCAACAGAUCCCCAAGAGUGUUUUAUGUCAAGCCCAAGUUUUUAACAAGAACGUGUCAGUGGUAAACACACCAAGCUGGAGUACAGCACCUGAUGAUGCAUCCGUUUUGGUGGAACAGGAGAUUGCCCGCGGUGUGUCCAUGUUCUCACCUGGUCCACAUGCUUUCCUGUUGGUCAUCCCUGCAGACGAGUCAUUCACACAGGAAGACAGAGAAGCCACAUUAAAGCACAUGGCCAGGAUUGGUCAGAAUGUAUGGAAACACACCAUACUUCUGUUCACUUGGAGAGAUUGGCUUGGUGAGAAAUCAGUUGAAGAGUUCAUUGUGAGUGAAGGCGGAGAUCUUCGUUUGCUUGUGGAGAAAUGUGGCUACAGGUAUCAUGCUCUCAGCUUCUAUGAAGACGACUUUACGUCUCAAGUCAGCAAGCUGUUGGAGAAGGUGGAUGAGCUAAUGGUUAGAAACAGAGGAAAACCAUUUGCUCCUGAAGAAAAGCAAUCAAAAUUGUUACGUUUUCAAAAGACUCUCACAGAAGAGGAGUGGAUCAAGCGGGAAGAUGAUCUAAUUGAGAGAAUGCUGAAAGCUGUAGUCACAGAGCCAGACACAUCAGCAGUUGCAGCAAGAGAUGGAAGCAUUCCCAUCUCCAUCCCAGACAGUAAGCUAAACACAUAA